UGCCGGCCGGCGGGCGGAGACGGACCCGGGAUCUGUCCGAGCAAGAAGCGAGCUGGAGACCGGUCACCGCCGCCGCCCCGUCCCGGUGUCGGUCCGCGUCGUCGCCCUCUCUCCUCGCCCGCCACAUCCCUCCCUCCUCCCCCCCCCACAACGCCUCACCGGCGACAGGUAGCCCCGCCGCCGCGCACCUGCCCUCGCGUUCGCACCGGAGAUAGUGGAUAGCUCCCUUCAGAAAUGGAGGACGGGAAGCCCGUUUGGGCGCCGCACCCUACGGAUGGAUUUCAGAUGGGCAAUAUCGUGGAUAUUGGCCCUGACAGCUUAACGAUUGAACCCUUGAACCAAAAAGGCAAGACAUUUCUGGCUCUCAUAAACCAAGUGUUCCCUGCAGAAGAGGACAGUAAAAAAGAUGUGGAAGAUAACUGUUCAUUAAUGUAUUUGAAUGAAGCCACACUGCUCCAUAAUAUCAAAGUUCGAUACAGUAAAGACAGAAUUUACACAUAUGUGGCCAACAUUCUGAUUGCAGUGAACCCAUACUUUGACAUACCUAAAAUAUAUUCUUCAGAAACAAUAAAGUCAUACCAAGGAAAGUCUCUUGGGACGAUGCCACCUCAUGUCUUCGCAAUUGCUGAUAAGGCUUUUCGAGACAUGAAGGUGCUCAAGAUGAGUCAGUCUGUCAUUGUAUCUGGAGAAUCAGGAGCUGGCAAAACGGAAAAUACAAAAUUUGUUCUAAGAUAUCUGACGGAAUCGUAUGGAACCGGUCAAGACAUUGAUGAUAGAAUUGUCGAAGCUAACCCACUCUUAGAAGCCUUUGGAAAUGCAAAGACUGUUCGCAACAAUAAUAGCAGUCGAUUUGGGAAAUUUGUAGAAAUACAUUUCAAUGAAAAGAGUUCAGUUGUUGGAGGAUUUGUUUCACAUUAUCUUCUAGAGAAAUCUAGGAUCUGUGUUCAAGGCAAAGAGGAAAGGAAUUAUCAUAUCUUUUAUAGGUUGUGUGCCGGUGCUUCUGAAGAUACUAGGGAAAGACUUCAUUUGAGCUCCCCAGAUAAUUUUCGGUAUUUAAACCGAGGCUGCACUAGAUACUUUGCUAACAAAGAAACUGACAAACACAUUUUACAGAACCGAAAAAGUCCUGAGUAUCUUAAGGGAGGUUCCUUGAAAGAUCCUUUGUUAGAUGACCAUGGAGAUUUUAUUAGAAUGUGCACAGCCAUGAAAAAGAUUGGUUUGGAUGAUGAAGAAAAGCUUGAUCUGUUCCGGGUAGUAGCUGGUGUCCUGCACCUUGGAAAUAUUGAUUUUGAGGAAGCCGGCAGCACUUCAGGUGGCUGUAAUCUGAAGAAUAAAUCUACUCAGUCAUUGGAGUAUUGUGCUGAAUUACUGGGUUUGGAUCAAGAUGAUCUUCGUGUAAGUUUGACUACAAGAGUCAUGCUAACAACAGCAGGGGGCACCAAAGGAACAGUGAUAAAGGUACCCCUGAAAGUGGAGCAAGCAAACAACGCCCGGGAUGCCUUGGCAAAGACUGUCUAUAGCCAUCUUUUCGAUCACGUGGUCAACAGAGUGAAUCAGUGUUUUCCUUUUGAAACAUCAUCCUAUUUUAUUGGAGUCCUAGAUAUUGCUGGAUUUGAGUACUUUGAACGUAACAGUUUUGAACAAUUUUGCAUCAACUAUUGCAAUGAAAAACUUCAACAGUUUUUUAAUGAAAGGAUUCUGAAGGAGGAACAAGAACUCUAUCAGAAGGAAGGUUUAGGUGUGAAUGAAGUACAUUACGUGGAUAACCAGGACUGUAUAGAUUUAAUUGAAGCAAAAUUAGCGGGAAUACUGGAUAUUUUGGAUGAGGAAAAUCGCCUUCCCCAGCCAAGUGAUCAACACUUUACGUCUGAAGUUCACCAGAAGCACAAAGACCAUUUCCGACUCUGUAUUCCUAGAAAGUCUAAGCUGGCAGUUCACAGGAACAUCAGAGAUGACGAAGGCUUCAUCAUCAGGCAUUUCGCAGGGGCGGUGUGCUAUGAAACAACUCAAUUUGUGGAAAAAAAUAAUGACGCUUUACAUAUGUCUCUUGAGUCCUUAAUAUGUGAAUCCAGGGAUAAAUUUAUCCGGGAAUUAUUUGAAUCAUCCACAAAUAACAACAAAGACACUAAACAAAAAGCAGGAAAACUUAGCUUCAUCAGUGUGGGAAACAAGUUUAAGACACAGUUAAAUUUGCUUCUGGAUAAACUUCGAAGUACUGGAGCAAGCUUUAUUCGUUGUAUCAAGCCGAAUUUAAAGAUGACAAGCCACGACUUUGAAGGAGCUCAAAUUUUGUCUCAACUUCAAUGUUCAGGUAUGGUGUCUGUUUUGGACUUGAUGCAGGGUGGUUUCCCAUCGCGAGCUUCAUUUCACGAACUCUACAACAUGUAUAAAAAGUAUAUGCCAGAUAAACUCGCAAGAUUAGAUCCAAGACUAUUUUGUAAGGCUCUUUUUAAAGCUUUGGGCUUAAAUGAAAUCGACUACAAGUUUGGGUUAACAAAAGUAUUUUUUAGACCUGGCAAGUUUGCAGAAUUUGACCAGAUUAUGAAGUCCGACCCUGACCACUUAGCAGAGCUGGUCAAGAGGGUCAAUCACUGGCUCAUCUGCAGUCGCUGGAAGAAGGUUCAGUGGUGCUCACUGUCUGUCAUCAAACUGAAAAACAAAAUAAAAUACCGAGCUGAAGCCUGCAUUAAAAUGCAGAAAACUGUUCGAAUGUGGCUUUGCAAAAGGCGACACAAACCUCGCAUUGAUGGCCUGGUUAAGGUGGGCACGCUGAAGAAACGGCUUGAUAAAUUUAACGAAGUAGUAAGUGCAUUGAAAGAUGGAAAACCAGAGAUGAAUAAACAGGUCGAGGACCUUGAAGUUUCUAUUGAUGCUUUAAUGGCCAAAAUUAAGUCCACCAUGAUGACAAGGGAACAAAUACAGAACGAAUAUGAUGCGCUAGUUAAAAGCUCAGAGGUCCUCCUCAGUUUAAAUUUUCUUCUGAAGGAUUUCUUGUUUUAUAUUAAAUUUUUGAAGAGUAUUCUGCUUUUUGGUAGGAAACUUGACAUGGAAGCAAAGAGAAAGCAAGAAGAAGAAGAGAGAAAGAAAAGGGAAGAUGAUGAAAAACGUAUUCAGGCGGAGGUGGAGGAGCAGCUGGCCCGGCAGCGAGAGGAGGAGUCCCAGCAGCAGGCGGUCCUGGAGCAGGAGCGCCGAGACCGGGAGCUGGCGCUGCGGAUCGCGCAGAGCGAGGCGGAGCUCAUCAGCGACGAGGCGCAGGUGGACCCGGCGCUGCGCAGAGGCCCUGCUGUACAGGCCACCAAGGCGGCUGCUGGUACCAAGAAACAUGAUCUUAGUAAAUGGAAAUAUGCAGAACUACGUGAUACCAUCAACACUUCUUGCGAUAUUGAGCUCCUGGCAGCUUGCAGAGAAGAAUUUCAUAGGAGACUAAAAGUGUAUCAUGCUUGGAAAUCCAAGAACAAGAAGAGAAAUACUGAAACAGAGCAACGUGCUCCAAAGUCUGUUACUGAUUAUGAUUUUGCACCAUUUUUGAACAAUUCACCUCAGCAGAACCCGGCAGCUCAGCUCCCUGCCAGGCAGCAGGGGAUCGAGAUGAACCGACAACAGCGCUUCUUCCGCAUCCCGUUCAUCCGCCCUGCGGACCAGUACAAAGACCCGCAGAAUAAGAAGAAAGGCUGGUGGUACGCGCACUUUGAUGGACCGUGGAUUGCCCGGCAGAUGGAGCUUCAUCCUGACAAGCCACCCAUCCUCCUGGUGGCUGGUAAGGAUGACAUGGAGAUGUGUGAGCUGAAUCUUGAAGAGACAGGCCUGACUCGAAAGCGUGGUGCUGAGAUUUUGCCAAGACAGUUCGAAGAAAUUUGGGAACGCUGUGGAGGCAUCCAGUAUCUUCAGAAAGCGAUUGAGAGCAGACAGGCCAGGCCCACCUAUGCCACGGCCAUGCUGCAGAAUCUGUUAAAGUAGAAAUUGCACUAGCCUUGCAGCUGGGAGCCCUUGCCAUGGCACUAGGUAGGGAGUGUGUCCCAGAGAUUUAACCAUUCCAAGAUCAAGUUAGAAUUACUUAUACAAAGUGAACAGAUUUUAUUAAUCAUGGCUUUUUGUUCAUUUAAGGUUAAUUAUGGUAGUGAAUUUGGGACCUAAAAUUUAUUUUCCUGUAUCCAGCUGUAACUGUUAGACCUCUCAUUAUUGUAAUACUUGUUACACUUGGACAGACUCUGGACAUUUCUCCUUCUUUGCCAACAGACUACCUUAAAUCCAUCUUAAUUGUUCUUUAGGAAAAGUUUUUGAAAAAUGCAGAAUUCUUGCUUUUUAAGGAUGGCACAGUACCAUAUAACUGGAAUAAAGAAAACUUAGCUUCAAUUUUCAUACAAAAAUUAAGGCACUUAAAAUGAUCAAGGCACUGAUAUUUUGAUCCGAAAGCUGUGUACUUUCUCUACUAACUUUUUCAGAAAUUCAUGGAAAUUUCCAUCAAAGGUGGAAAUUUUUAAUUUUUCCCCCCUCUUUUGCAGUGUCUUAGUUUGAGUAAAGCAGUUUACCUGAAGUUCUAGAAUUCUGGAGAGAGCCUCGAUGUAUUUGAUGCAAUCUGUGAUAAAGAAGGUACAUAGUGUCCUGCACAGAUCAGUUUUGCUUUUCUAUCACACUGUGUUGCUGUAAGAAUAUGUUCUUACGUUCCAUGGACAAAUAAAGGAAAUUCAGAUCGUUUAAAUGCUUGGAAGUUUUGAGAUAACCUUGUUUCAUUUAGAAAAGGAAGUAGGUUUUAGGUGGCAGUGUGGCUUAACUGGACUGAAUUCAAAUAUUCUUUCAGUUUCAUCUCAGUUGUGAUUUUGUGUCAGAAUCUUGUCCAAGUUGUUUCAUGUGAUUUAAACUAGUGUUCUGCUUCAAAACACCUUUGUUUUUUAAAGAAAUUCCUAUUGUCUUUUUUGGCCUUCGAGAUUUUGGUAAUUGUAGAGCUCUUUUAUAAGCCUUGUAAUGCAAAAACCCUGCACUGGGGAAUUGCUUGUUUCAUGUAACUGAUAAUUAAAAAAAAAAGUUUUGUGUGCUGUUUAGUUUUGAUCAAAUGUCAGCAGUUUCAAGCCUAAUAUUUAUGACUUUCAUAUUAGGAAUUUGGAAACAAACAUACAUCAAGGAGUUAUGUUGACAUAAUCCUAAGGAGUCUUGUUUGUAUUUUAGAAUAAAAUUAGAAAAUAAAAUUACUCUCUGUACUUUUUUUCCCUUGAUGUUUAAAGACCCUAACCUUUGAAAUGAAUUUCCAGUGAUUUUUUUUUCCUAGAAAGAGUACCUCAGUUAGGAAAGUAUUUCCCAGCUGAUUGGAUUAGUGCUUGUGAGCUGGACACUGUUUUCAGAAUUGCUUCUCUCAUUAUAUGUUUUAGUAUAGAGAUAUUUAUUUAUUAUGAUACUGUGCAAACGAUCGUCUUCUGUUAAGGAAAGUAAAUGGUCCUGUCUUUACUGUUGAGAAUGUGAAUGUGAUUAUCUUUUUAAGGCUGUAUUACUGCAUAGACUCACCCACCCUUGGGUCAUUUGGUCCCUGUGAUUUGGUGACAGAAGGUCUGGUUACUGAAAAUAAAUGUCCUGUUCUCCCUCUUCUUA